CCUGCCUGCCUGACUGACUGACUGCUGGGCGGACUGGGGCAGAACCGAGCCGACCAGUUCCGUGUUCUGUCCUCCCACGGCGCCCACGGGCCGGGCUGAAGUGAGCGGGACGCGCAGGCGGCGUCAUGGUGGACGUCCCGCUGGAGGUGAGGUCAGUGAGAGGUUAAAGGUCAGCAUCACCACCUCGUCCCGCCGGCUCUUCAUUAGCUCACCUUUGACCCCUGAAGGAUUAAACAUGGCCUCCUGGCCGGGAGGUGAAGCUCGCCGAGUCGUCGUUUUUCCUGCUGUGGAUCUGUGGAAUGUGUUUGUGUGACGGACAGACGCUCCAGAAGAAUUUUCUCGGAGGUUUGGUGACGAUGGAAUAACGUCUGAGUGGAUUGUGCCGUUUGCUGAACUUCAGGCUCAUUAUGGAGCAGGACUUCAUACAGUAGGACCUUUGACCUGCUCUGCUGCUCGUUACGCUCACUGCGCUUUCAUUUCUGACUCUGCUGCUGUGAAUGGACCUCCGAGUCUCCUGACACUAGGAGGAGACUCCAGACACACAGAAAACUACAAAUAUGGCCGCCACGGGACGGAAGCACCUGGUAAAAGAUUUCAACCAUUUCAUCACUUGCUACCUGUGCCGAGGUUACCUGAUCAAACCGACCACAGUCACCGAGUGCCUGCACACCUUCUGCAAGAGCUGCAUCGUGCAGCACUUUGAGGAGAGCAAUGACUGUCCUAAAUGUGGCAUCCAGGUCCAUGAGACCAACCCGCUGGAGAUGCUGAGGCUGGACAACACCCUGGAGGAGAUCAUCUUCAAGCUGGUGCCUGGACUCAGAGAAAAAGAGGAACAGCAAGAACUGGAGUUCUGGAAGAAGAACCAGCCGAAGGAGAACGGCCAAGAGAGCCUGCGGUGUCUUCCUGACGGCGGCGCCUCUGGGGGCGCCGAUGACGAUGGUGAGGGCGGUGAAGAUGGAGACUACCACAGGAGCGACCCUCAGAUCGCCAUCUGCCUGGACUGCCUGCACAACGCGGGGCAGUCCGGGGAGAGCAGCGUGACGGACCUGAUGAAGAGGUUCAUCCGCUGCUCUAGCCUCACUGUGGGAACCAUCAAGAAGUUCCUCAGUCUCAAACUCAAGCUGCCGAGCUCUUAUGAGCUGGAUGUGCUCUGCAACGGAGAAAUCAUGGGCAGAGAUCACACCCUAGAGUUCAUCUACAUGACCCGGUGGCGGCUGCAUGGAGAGAACACGUAUCCGAUGGUUCUGGAGUACCGGCCGCGGAUCGACUUCGGCUGAGCAGCAGGACCACAAACACGCAUCCGUACAACACUGACACAGACACGCCUAAAAGUGCAGAUAAAGAGAGAUUUAGAUGUAUUUUUGUACAGCCAAUGAUGAAGUGCUUCUGUUGUUGUGUUGAAAAGCCUUUAUGCUACAUAGAAUAAUAUAUGCUAUAAUAUAUGCUAUUUUUAAAUGUACGUCCCUGUGCCUAAAAUCCUGUUUGGAACGAUCAUAUCUCCAGUUUGCCUGUCUAACUAACUGUAGAUUAAAUGUUGAUUUUCUACUG